CAACACUGGUGUCACUAUUUUACGCCCCGCACCUUGUUACGGUGGGCUUAAGACCAGUUCAUAUAAAAAUAGGCGAAAUGGAUAAUAUUUAGCUAUUUUUGCAUGUUUGUCCUUAUACCCCAACAUUUUUGUCUGAAUCUGACAAGCUUUCGAUACAUAUAAACAGGUGGAUCUUGCCCGCAAUACAGUCAUUGCGGUUGGUUGUUUGUUCCCGCCAAUUGAUCAGACCUGAUUAUUAAUGGGAAGAAGGCGUUUGUUGCUGCUUCUAAAGCCGUUGGAUACCUACUCGUUUCAUCAAUCAAACGGUGCAUCUCGUUCUAUAAACCCUAAGGUAUUACACUAUCUGGAUAGCAGGCGCAGAGUUCACAAAGAUGCCAUAGAAUCUUGUAGAAGUAUUUUACAAAGAAACUCCAUUGAAUGGGACGCUACUUUUUGUAAUAAUCUAUCACGACCCAUUCAAGAUGUGGAUCUUGUUGUUACUCUUGGCGGUGACGGCACCCUCUUGCAAGCAAGCCACUUUUUGGAUGAUUCAAUCCCGUUACUUGGAGUAAACUCUGACCCCACUCAACCACAAGAGGUGCAAGAGCUAAGUAACGAGUUUGAUGCUACUAGAAGCACGGGCUAUCUUUGUGCCGCAACUGUCAAAAACUUUGAACAGAUACUAAAUAACAUCCUCGAGGGUCAAACAACUCCUUCUGAACUAUCGAGAAUGUCGAUUCAUGUGAACUCAAUACCAUUGUCAACAUAUGCUCUUAAUGACAUUUUAGUUGCUGAUCCAUGUCCUGCUUCUGCUUCUAGGUUCUCUUUCAGGAUUAGGAAAGACGGUGAAUCAAGUUCGCCUCUGGUCAACUGCAGAUCUAGUGGUCUGAGAAUCUCAACAGCUACUGGAUCAACGGCAGCAAUGCUGUCCGCUGGUGGAUACCAGAUGCCCGUUUUAUCCAAAGAUCUCCAGUACAUGGUGAGAGAGCCCAUUUCACCAGAAGCGGCCCGCUUGAGUUUAAUGCAUGGGUUAAUAAAACCUAAUGAAUCAAUGGAUGUCGAUUGGUACACGAAAGAGGGACUUAUCUACAUCGAUGGUUCUUAUCCCGCUCAUCCUGUUCAACAUGGUGAUACCAUAAAAGUAUCUUCUCAUGGCCCGAUUUUGAAAGUGUUUUUACCUAACCAUUUAUUACCAAGUAAGAUGUGAGGGGUUUUUUUUGUAGUCAAGCAUGCAUGCAAUAAGUCAGAAUUUAGUUUGAUAAGUGAGUAGAUUGUAUACACAAGAUGUAAAGUGCUUGCACAUGUUUUUCUUAAUAUGUUGAGGUUAGAAUGAUCAGUUUACCCAGUGGCGGAGCUAGCACAAAAAUUCUGAGGUA